GUGGAAUAAAUGGAUCAAUACCCGGACUCGUUUCCAAUUUAAAGUGAUUCCAAUCUGGUUUGUCACCUUCUUUGAGAGAAAGGUUUGAGUGGCUACGAGUCUGUCAAAGAAGUACAGCUCCAUUUCCGGACACUCAAACCUCAAAUUGAUUUCCAGAUUAGGGUUAGAGAAAUUCGCCCGGAAGAAGAAAGUCACCUUUGAAGCACUCCAGUAAGUCAGAAGUAGAUGCUGCUGUUGAAACUUGCUGAGGGAGCAUCAAACACAGGUCUCCUGGCUGGCUUUUACGCUGAGGAAGAUGAUCAAUACAUGGCCGGUUUAAAUUAUUUAGCCCCACUCCUUUCACUUCGUGCACUGCACUUACAGGCAGCGCUUCCAUAAAACCGUGGCUCUUUCAUAAACCCCAUUUCUUCCUUUUCAAUAGCUCAUUGACUCGGGAACCGAGCUCCAUUCCGUCCGCAGCAGAUAUUUUCAAUGCCGGAUCUCGGCGAGACAUACGCUUGCGUUCCCUCCACUGAACGGGGACGGGGAAUCCUGAUUUCGGGCGAUCCAAAAUCCGAUACCAUUCUCUAUACCAAUGGCCGAUCAGUCCUCAUGCUCGACCUCAACAAUCCUCUUAACGUCUCGGUUUAUGGUGAGCACGCUUACCCUGCCACCGUCGCUCGCUAUUCCCCCAACGGCGAGUGGAUCGCAUCAGCUGAUGCCUCCGGCACGGUUCGGAUCUGGGGGGCCCGCAACGACCACGUAUUGAAGAAGGAGUUUAAGGUUCUGUCAGGUCGGAUCGACGACCUCCAGUGGUCACCUGAUGGCAUGCGGAUCGUGGCGUCCGGUGACGGUAAAGGAAAAUCGUUUGUCCGAGCCUUCAUGUGGGAUUCAGGAACGAAUGUCGGGGAAUUUGAUGGUCACUCAAGACGUGUUCUGAGCUGUGCUUUUAAGCCAACUAGACCAUUCCGGAUUGUGACAUGUGGAGAGGACUUUCUGGUCAAUUUCUAUGAAGGACCACCCUUCAAAUUCAAGUUGUCUCAUAGAGAUCAUUCAAAUUUUGUCAAUUGCGUAAGGUUUUCUCCUGAUGGCAGCAAAUUUAUCAGUGUCAGUUCUGAUAAAAAAGGUAUAGUAUAUGAUGGGAAGACUGGAGAGAAGAUUGGAGAGCUGUCUUCUGAUGAUGGCCAUAAAGGCAGCAUUUAUGCUGUCAGCUGGAGUCCUGACAGUAAACAGGUCCUGACUGUAUCUGCUGACAAGUCAGCCAAAGUUUGGGAAAUUGAAAAUAGUAAUGGAAAGCUGAAGAAAACUUUGACCUGUCCUGGCUCAGGUGGACUGGAUGACAUGCUUGUUGGGUGUCUUUGGCAGAAUGAUCAUCUUGUUACUGUUUCUCUUGGGGGUACAAUUAGUAUAUUUUCAGCGAGUGAUCUUGAUAAAGCCCCGCUGCAGCUAUCUGGACAUAUGAAGAAUGUCACUUCAUUAGUUGUGCUCAAAAGUAACCCAAGGUUUAUACUGUCUAGCAGCUAUGAUGGCCUAAUAGUUAAAUGGAUCCAAGGCAUUGGUUAUGGUGGUAAAUUACAAAGGAAAGAGAAUUCUCAAAUCAAAUGUCUUGCUGCUGUUGAAGAAGAGAUUGUUACAUCCGGAUUUGACAAUAAGAUAUGGAGGGUUUCUCUUCAUGGGGAUCAGUGUGGAGAUGCAAACUCGGUUGAUGUUGGGAGUCAACCAAAAGACUUAAGCCUUGCCAUUCUCUCACCUGAACUUGCUUUGGUCACUACAGAUUCGGGAAUUGUUAUGCUUCAUGGUACAAAAGUAGUUUCAACAAUAAAUGUUGGUUUUGCUGUAACAGCAUCCGCAAUAGCACCUGAUGGAAGUGAAGCCAUCAUUGGCGGUCAGGAUGGUAAAUUGCAUGUAUAUUCUGUCCAGGGUGAUUCCCUUGUGGAGGAGUUGGUCCUUGAGAAACACCAAGGUGCUAUUAGUGUCAUACGUUAUUCUCCAGAUUUUUCAAUGUUUGCAACAGGUGAUGUAAAUCGAGAAGCUAUAGUCUGGGAUCGUGUCUCCAGAGAGGUUAAGCUGAAGAACAUGUUGUACCACACAGCACGUAUAAACUGCCUUGCUUGGUCUCCAAGUAGUACCAUGGUUGCUACUGGAUCCCUUGACACUUGUGUUAUAAUUUAUGAAAUUGACAAGCCAGCGUCUAGCCGAAUAACCAUAAAGGGAGCUCACUUGGGUGGAGUUUAUGGGCUAGCUUUUACCGAUGACUCAACUGUAGUGAGCUCAGGAGAAGAUGCUUGUAUCCGCGUUUGGAGGUUAACACCACAGUGAAAGAGGUUGGAGUUGGUCUUGUUUCCUGGUAGCUGUUCUUGAGGCAAUGAUCCUACAAGCUGUUUAUUUUGUUUAAAUCGGUAUUGCAUUGGAGAUUUGAAGCUGAGACCUACCUAUCUCAACUCUGCAGUUUUUAAUUCACUGACCGGUGAGUUAAGCCUAGUUUCAGCUUCUUCGGCCCCGUGCCCUCACCUCACAUGGUUUGUUUGUUUGUUUUUUUUGUUUUUUUUUUACUAUGCAUUGCUUGAUAUUUUCAUUUUCUGUUCCUUUUGUUUUCUUUUAAGUUUUCCUUUUUCUGGGGGGCACUGCGUUAUUGUCCCCUUUGUUUUAAUCUGAACCUCAACCACGAGUUGAAAUAUGUAUCCUCAUCUUUUUAUUACAGAAUUGCAACUGUUGUACAUUUACAGAAUUGUGUAAUGAUCAGCGAUUUAGAA